GCACCAUCCUCCCUUAGAAUAGAGCCAGUUGGUAGAUGGUUUGAAGCAAACCUUCAGCGACGUCAGCAUGGUCUUUCAUCUCAUCAUUCAAGUUCCAGUUCAAGUUCAAGUGCAAGUUCUGAAGUAAAUCUCUCAUCUGAUGAAGAGGAUCCUAACUUUUUACUUACUCUUGAUCCUUCAGAAUGGAAGGUAGAGUUUAUGUAUUCUAUAUAAGUAUUAUUAUGUAGCAGUCAAUUCCAAAACCCACCAUCCUUCCCCUCUCCCGGUGCAUACCCUAGCCAUUUGACCGCCGUUUUGCCCAUACAGUGGGGAAUUUGACCCAAAAUGAGGCCUGCCCAGACGGUCAUUUGACCCCUUUUGUGUCAAAAUGCUGGUCAGCGUCGCAAGCAAAAGGAUUUUGUAAUUCUUACUGCAUUCAGUAUGAGCAUGGUGUUUACAGCUCUUUGCUCCUAUAUUCGCUGUUUUGUUGGAGCUUUGAGAACCUUUGAAAAAGCCUGUAAAUGUGGGCUUUCUGGAAUGUACAAUUUUGUGUAAAUGAAAAAACCUCCAUAAGACAGUUUUCUGAGACUGAGAUAUUUCGGAUGUGUAUAACAAUGUUUAUAUUUGAAUAAAAGAUUUGAUGCAUUGGGAAAUUUUGGAACAGUUGCUGGUGGGUGGGGGAUUUGAUGCUUUUUGAAGUGCUAGCCAGUGGGCAUUUGACCAUCUAAACAGCCAACACACUGGGCAAUUUCACCAAAAUUUUUCAAAAACUUCAAAUGCCCAGGGGGAAGAAGGAGGGGGCAUGGGCGGUUUUGGGAUUGACCGGUUCAUUACCUUAACAAACAAGACUGUCACAGAGCUGUUACGUAUAACUUAAAGAUACUUUUUUCUGUUUGUUACAAUAAUACAUUCAUUUUGUGUAAAAGGAGGAAAUUUGGUUCUUGCUCUUUCCACGUUUUUAAGAAACUUUGCAAUUUUACGGUGUUAAAAAUCUGGCCAGGUUUUGUCAUACUGUUUAAAAUUAAUAUUGGUUGUCAAAUAUUGGAAUUGUUAAACAAUGUUGUGCUAUUUUCUAACUGCAAACACUGAACCACGACACAUAUUUUAACAAUAAAUUUCUAAAAAUUAAAAUUUGCAUCGUCAUGGUUAGGUGAUGAUUGUGUUUUUUUUUGUUCUGAGAUUUAGUGUUAACAUGUUUAUGACAUGUUCAUGAGGCCUUAUGUGCCACAAGGCACAAAGAAGAUAGGUGAACGUGAAUGUUUAUGACAUUCAUUUUGCAGCAACAAGAUCAUUACAAGGUCCUUGGACUUGAGAAACUUAGACACAAAGCCACAUUAGGAGACAUCAAGAAAGCAUGUAAGUUUGUCAUAUUAGGCAGCAACAGUUUUAAUCAAAUUUUUAUGUCUCAUACACAUGUGGUUAUGCAAGGCUCUUUCCCAAGGAGCCUUGUGUGAUUACACAAAUGCAUGAAUUGAUGAAUUUUAACUGUGCGAUUACACUCAGGAUGUGGUGGUGUAAGAAAGAAAUUUUUCAGUUGAAUAGAACAUUGAAUUUUUUUGUCAUUAGAAGUUUUGUUCCCGGAGUUCACACCAGCUUUUUUCUAUGCACCUUCAUUCCUUUUUCAAGUUAAGUUAAACUCUAUUAGCAAAUUGGCCUCCUCCCAUAGCUCAGUUGGUAGAUCACUGCAGCACUAAAUCAGAAACCAUGGGUUCAAAUCCUGUUGAAGUUCUGAAUUUUUCGUUUUUGGGGGGGAGGGGGUUAAUUUUCAAUAUUGCUGAAAUAACGCUUACAGCUAUGAUGUUCAUAUCUUCGAUUUCAUUUAUCUUCAUGGCAGUGAAAUAUUUGAUUUCUCGGACCUUACUGCUUUGAACAAAGUCUUGAGUUAGGCUUUCCUUUCUCUAACAAUGAUAUAAAAUCCUGUAAAUUAUGUUACUUUUUUAGUUAAAAAGAAAGUCCUGAAACAUCACCCAGACAAGAAGACGUCAAACCCAGAUGCCAGUGACUCAAAGAUUUCUGAACAGAGCCUCUUUGCAUGUAUAACCAUUGCAAAUGAUAUUUUAAGCAACAAAUCUAAGAGAAGAGCAUACGACAGUGUUGAUCCUUACUUUGAUGAUUCAGUUCCUUCAGUUAAUUCCAACUCCAAGAGUAAUUUUAUUGAAGUAUUUGGUCCAGUCUUUGAAAGAAAUUCAAGGUAAGAUCACUCUGUAUCAUAGAUUAUAAAUCAUUAUCAUAGAUCAUAAAUGCCGUGUAGAUAUUGUGCAAUCUGAGUUUCAGGAUUUAAAAUGCCUGUGGGGAAGGGAGGGGGAAUCUCUAUUUAUCUCUAUUUAUAAGCUGGUCGGCUUCUCAGAGAUUUCCCUGCAUGGUCACCUUCCAGGGGCGGAUCCAGGAUUUUUUUUAGGAGGGGGUGCACUCGUCUCUUGCUCUACUUCAACACCAAUAAACCACAUAGUUUUUUUUUGCAGAAUACCAGUUGUAUUAGAAAACCGCAGGUCAUCUCAGGGGGGGGAGGGGGUGUGCACCCCCUGCACCCUCCCCCUAGAUUCGCCACUGCCUUCCCAGCUGUUAACUAAUUAACUUGUUAUGAUUUUACUGCUACUUACUGUAAUUUAUUUUGUGUGGCAAAAAUUAUGAAAUAAAUGGAAUAAAAUAGGCUUGAAUACCAAUGGCUGUUCAGGAAAUGAUCACAUACUCCUCCCUAAAACAAAGUGGACCCGAAGGAGCUACCGAAAUUGAGCCUAUCUGUAUCAGUUCACUUUGAUAAUCAUAGCGGAGCUCCACGCGAGACGCGAACCAUAGCUAAGGAAAUGUGGUAAUUUACCCAUCCGAGAAAAUUUGAUAAUCACGUGACCGUACAUCGAGUGACCGACCGACCGACCGCACCACAGGCAUACCAAUGUAAAAUAACUCAAUCAACAGGUAUCGCAAUUCAAAUGCAACUCAAGGUUUUAUUUGGAAGGAAAUCACAUGGCCGCCCGGACUUUUAGAAGGAAAAAGCAACAACAAAUUCGUGUCUUUUUCGGCAUUAUUUUUUAUGUUUACACUAACGUGGAUAACAGAGAAAGAGCUAGAGCGAGUUAUUGAAAACAAAGGAGACGAAUUUCGUAGGAAGAAAAACAUGGCAAUUCAAAGCGGCGGUGAGAAAAUGAGAAAUGCUAGCGGCCAGCAAGGUGAAAAUGAGCGGCAGUGAAAAAUAAAAGGGAACAUGAACACAGGAAACAAAAUAUUGGGUAAGCACAUACGACAAUUACUCCAUAAAAAUAAUGUGUAGCUAGGACGUUUGACGUCUUAGUCGUACAAAACAGCGUUGUAGUCGUGCAAAACAACGGCAAGGGAAAGACAAAAAAGCGUGCUGCUCGUGCAAAUUUGGUUUUUGCUAAUUAGAAGAAAAAGUGUACCGCACGUGCAAUUUGGUUUUUUGCUAAUUAGAUCUAGUAGACUUGAAGCCAUUUUCAAUACCCAAUUCAAAUCUCCCGGGGAUAAGAUUCUUUGUGUUUUGUAUUUGCAUUAUAAUGUGACAUUCACAUUUAAAUGAUAUGGAAAUUCCUGAAACAAAACGUUUUAUUCCCAAAAGGUUUGAAUUGGGUACAACAUUGAGUUAGCCGAAUAGGUCUAUUGCAGUCUGUGAAAUUUUGUUUUACUGUAGGUGGUCGAAUCUUCAACCAGUGCCAACAUUAGGAGAUAAUAAUUCUACUUUUGAAGAAGUUGAUAAUUUUUACAGUUUUUGGUAAGCUUCUUUUCUUGCGUGCACUUUUAACUAGUUAGUUAAUACACGAUUUUUGCUUAUAUCCAGUGUAAUUGUUUCUUCUCGACAGGCUUUCUUUGUACAGUACAAUUUGGUAUCAAAUUUACUUUUGGACCGCAAAGUUUUUUGUAUUGCAAUUGUAAAGAAAAGUUAGUUUAAGAAGGGGGUGAAUUUUCGCUGUUUCUUUCUCGCGGAAGUUUAUUCUUGGGAAUCUUUCGAAAAUCCGCGAAAUUCACAAAAACCAGAUCCCGCAUUAUUUCUUGUUACAUUGUAACGCUUCUCUGUUAUUUUGUUGUAGGUAUAAUUUCGAUUCUUGGAGAGAAUUUUCUUAUCUUGACGAAGAAGAAAAAGAAAAAGGCGAAAAGUAAGUAUACUCACGAUUAAUUUUUUGAUGUUUGAUCUUAAACUUGCACCUUUUAACCUUUUUUUUGUUACUUUAUCACAGCCGUGACGAAAGGAGAUGGAUUGAAAAACAAAACAAAGUCAUGCGACAAAAGAAGAAAAAAGAAGAAGUUACUCGCAUUANUUUGAUCUUAAACUUGCACCUUUUAACCUUUUUUUUGUUACUUUAUCACAGCCGUGACGAAAGGAGAUGGAUUGAAAAACAAAACAAAGUCAUGCGACAAAAGAAGAAAAAAGAAGAAGUUACUCGCAUUAGGAAUUUAGUUGGUAUGUUUCUCUCAGUCAUGGCUUGCAAGCAAGCCCUCCAAUUUAUGGCGAGCGAUGCGAGCAGCGAAGGAACGCGCAAACGAGCGGUGAUAGCCUUCGUGGCGCGAAUGCUAAAUGGAGAGGGCGCGAGAGGAGGAGGAAAACGAUCCCACUCGCGUUUUGUUUCGCUUUCGGCUCUCGCGUGACUUCUCGCGAUGACUCCCCCAAAUUUAGAGCUUGCUCGUAGGCUAUCUCAGACGUAGUUUUUACGUCGUUACUGAUUUUUUAUGUAUAUACCGUUGGUUGUAGAUAAUGCUUAUACUUGCGAUCCAAGAAUAAAAAAGUUCAAAGAAGACGAGAAGGAAAGAAAACUUGCUGAAAAGAAAGCCAAAGAAGAUGCAGCGCGGGCAGCUGCAGAAGAAAAAGAACGAGUGAGUAUUGACACACUAUCUGAGUGGCGCUCAAGAAGCCAAACAAGCGAACUUUCUCGCAGGCUGCUCGAUAUAAUUUAACGGCUACGCUAUUACUCUUUCACUCCUAGCAAAGACUUGAAGCUCUUGAAAAUGAACGAAAACUUAAAGAAAAAGAAGAACAAGAAGCAAGAGAAAAGGUGAAGAAAAUACUAAACUGAUUUUAAUCUUAUCUUUCAACAAAGGGGCGUUUAAAACCGUUGCCUGAACCCCGACUUAGUUUAAACGGUUUGUACCGUUAUUUCUCCGUACUUUAAGCGAGUGUAAACUUCUCUUUCCAGAACUGAAGUUCCGUUCACACCAAAGCUUCGAUGAUGUUUGUCUAUAUCAUAGCUGAUUUGAAAAUAUCCAGAAUGAAAUUAAAUAUUUGAGAAAGACACUAUUGCGGCAUCUCCGCUCGGUUUUCAAUUGAAAAUGGAAAAAAUAAAAACCAAAUGAUAUGUAAUAUCGUCGCUUUUGUAUCAUAAUGUAGUUUACUUGUGAUGGUGAUUGCUACUUUUCGACUUGUUGCGUGUCAUCUUGUUGCUUAAAUAAAGGAGGCUUGAAACGAUAUCCAAACGUCCGCUCAUGUUUAGAUUUUUAAACGAACUUUAUUAGGGAUCACAACUGAUUAUAUUUUUUUUAUAGGCGCAAGCGGCCAAAGUAGAAAAAACAAAAAUGAAGAACAUUAUGAAAAAAGAACGAAAAACCAUACGGACAGUAAUAAAGGUGCGUUACGUUGCAUUCCCUUUGUUAUGUGUACUAGUUGCGCUUGAUGGUCCAUUACCGUGGAAACAGAUGGAGUGGUAACAUUCUUCAGGAAAAGACUGUUAGUCAAGACAAAUCAGUCAGGAAUAGUGUGAAAAACUGAAAGGCUAGGAUUGAUUUUGUACUUAGGGGUAGUUCCAAUAAAAUAUGCAGCAUUUACAGCAUUCCGCAUACUGUAUUGGGCCAUUUCAAAGGCCAAAAACGGCCAUUUAGAGUCAUUUGAGCCAAAUUACUCUUGGGUGGAGCUAAACUGCUUAUUUUUAAACUUUCUUUUGACAGAAUUAUGAUUAUUUUGUCGAAGACGAAGAGGCAAGAAUUCGUGAAAUGGAGGUGAUGGACCGGCUACUCGAAGUAAUUUCUCUUGAAAAGUAAGAACCUCUUUUUUUCUGUAAAUAAGUCGUAAGUUAAAAAUUAUGCUGUUGGCAACGUGGAGUCUCUGGAGUAUCCAGACAAGGGAGAAUUCCAGUGUUGAUUGUAGGGAUAUAUGUGUUAAGGUACAAGUAUUAUAUAGCGUAAUUAGUAUUUUCUUUGUAUGAUCCAGUUUACAGACGUUCAGAGAAGGUCUUGAAACGGCCGGAUCGAAAGAGGAAGUGAAAGUAAUUUACGAAAAAGAGGUAGGGAACAACGCUGCCAUAACUUGUUUUCAACUGGUUUUGUAUCGUAAAUUCUAACCAAUUUGAAUGUAUGUUUUGAACAAUAGAUUAUUUCUUACUUACCCAAAGCCUUCGCUUCCGUAUAUUGAACAAUUAAUGAAUGAGGCUGAGUAUCUUAUGAAGAAUCAUGGUGAUCGAGGAGGGUGUUACUUCGAGUUGUAUUCUUGCUGUUGUUGCCAUGUUUUUAGCGAUUAUUUUGCUUAGUUCUUACUCUUGAAACAAGUGAAAUGUCUGCCAUUUUUUGUUUCCUCAACCAAAACAACUCAACCUCGUCCCCAGGUCUUCUCGGUUAACGGCGCAUUAACCUGCAAAAACGCUGCUUUUUUGACGUCAUUUCCUCGUUAAACACAAAAUUCUUCCAAAUUUGGUCAUCAGCAACUGGUUAUGGUGAAUUAUGCGUGUGCUUUUAGCCAAUCAGAAUCGGGGAUAUAUUUGGAAUGAAUAAUAAUUGCUUUUUAGAUGGAGCAAAUGAGAGAACGAAUGAGACAAGAGGCCAUGGCUGCGACGAAACAAACAACAAAGAAUAAAGAAGAAGGAGAAGAAGUGACUGAUGACUGGACUGAAGAGCAAACGCAGCUUCUUAUUAAAGCUGUUAACCUCUUCCCUGCUGGUACUGCUUCCAGGUAAACCUCGACGUGAUAUAAUUUCUCAGAGUUCCGAAACGUAUUUGUGCGGCUCAGUUUUCGAUUUCCCGGAUCUUGAAAUAACUGAGGAGCAAAGUAUCGGUGUGACCCGGAGGAGGACCACGUAGAAAUGUUGGUCUUGUGCAAGUACUACUGAAGAGGUUUCAUUUGAAUGGUAACACCAUAGGAUUUCAUCCAGACUCAAAAGUGAGAACUGCAUACUAAAGAAAUAGUACCAUGUGAAAGUACUGCGGAAGAGUUUUUAAUUAAAUGGUAGCACAAUAGGAUUUCAUCCACAGACUCAAAAGUUAGAGCUGCAUACUAAAUAAAUAGCACCAUGUGAAAGUACUGCUGAAAAGAUUUUAUUUAAAUUUCUUACACCAUAGGAUCUCAUCCACAGACGCAAGAGUGAGAACUACACACUAAAUAAAUAGCACCAUGUAAAGUGCUGCAGCUGAGGUUUUACUUGGUAACAUAAUAAAAUUUCAUCCACAGACUCAAAAAGUUAGAACUGCGUUCAUUCAUCUACUCAUGACUGAUGCUGUAAGUUUAAAGGUUAAUGGUACAUGUUUUGGUUUUGUUUUUAGAUGGAAGGUGAUUGCUGAUUACGUCAAUAUGCAUUCAAAGACUGGCACCGAACGAGACUCGAAGCACGUCAUAAAAAAAGUCAAGAACUUGAAGAAACUAGGUUUGUGCCAGGCAUGUUUUACUCUGCUUCCAUUUAAGCUGUCAGGUUUCAACUUGGUUCCAGCCAGGCUUCUCUCCUACUCGUCCCUACGGAGUGACGAAUAAGAGAGAACCCUGGGAACGAGGUUGGUCAGGUGCAUGCAUCUGUGUGCCGCGCAACAGUAAACAGGCAACUUGUGUUAAAGGCGAAAGUAAUCCGAACAAACAAACGAACAAAUCCGAUCAUGUAGGCGGUAGCAAGGACCAGCGGGCAUCUACAUAAGUGCAUGCGCUUAAAACACUGUAGAAACGACCAACUUUUUACAGAUGUAAGAGAUUAUCGUUUAUACGCAAAUCAGUAUGUUUUUUUCUUUCAUGGUCAAAGUAAGCCAUGGUCCCUUGCAGUUGAUUGACAGAUCAUUUUGUACACAAUUUGCGACUCAUAACAUUUAGUUCAACUUGGAGAUGUGAUCAGAUUUCUAAGGACGAAAUUUUAUAAUCAACAGAUCCGUCUCAAAAACAGGAGGUUAACCGAAAAGCUUUUGCAAAGUUCGAUAAAGAUCACAGCGGGAGCAGAACAGCAACAGCCGCGGCAGAAUCUGAUCCAACUGUUAGAUAUAAUGGUAAGGUCACUCUAUCCACUUGUUAGAAGUACAUGAAAGUAUCCUGUACUUUGGGAUUCAAACGAUCGUUUUAUCAUUCAAAGUUAAAGCUCUACGUUAAUUUUUCAUGGACCUUCUCAAGUCUUUUCAAGUCUACUGCGCAUUUUCUACUCGAACUGCACUUAAAACGAGGCGAAGACGGUGGAUACGAUUAUGUGAGCCUUGGCUCGUAUAUGUAGGUUGCGUAUGUUGCCUCCUGGCUUUCGCUACCCACCCUUCUCUAUUUGAGAAGGGAUGAGUAAGGGAGCGGUCUAAAAACUUCAAAUUAAUCGUGGAUGUGAAGAGUAAGUUUUUGCAUGAAUCUAGUUUGAAAUUUUAUCGUCUUUAAAGAUUGUUUUUUGUCUUCGUUAGGAAACAAUGCUGCGGAAGGUACCCAACAGACAACUGAUAAACCUUGGACUUCAGAAGAACAAAGGGUAAGAAAUGGCUGUGUCAAUUUAAGUUUAGAUGAGUGACACAUAAUUCUCCUCAGUCGAACAUUUUCUCUUUCUUUUUCCUCGUUUAGCUUUUAGAGAAUGCUUUACGCUCAUAUCCCACCAAUACAGCGGAAAGAUGGGAGCGGAUCGCUGAAUCUGUACCGGGACGAACGAAAAAAGAGUGCAUGAAAAGAUACAAGGUUAGUCAAGUUUAGUGAGGUUUACGAUUUAUUUUGAAAGCAAUUUACUUCAAUUAUGGAUUACUGAAGUUAUUUUGCAUUUGAAAUUGGACCAGAAAUAGGUAACAAACGUACCUUUUAUGCAUCUUGCGUUUUUGCGCACGUUAUUCAUUCUUUUUGGUCAUUUAUUUGUAGGAAUUAGUUGAGAUGGUGAAAGCCAAGAAAGCUGCACAAAGCAAGGGAAAAGUAGCCUAA